AUGGUCAACGCCGAUAUUCCCAUUACCGUUGGAGUUCUUGCUCUCCAAGGUGCCUUUAGUGAGCAUCUUCAGCUGCUGAAGAAGGCAUCUCAAGCGUUACCAUCUAAUAUUACAUUUCGGUUUCUGGAAAUUAGAACCAAGGAAGCCUUAUCAUCAUGCGAUGCUUUGAUCGUCCCUGGAGGCGAGAGUACUACUAUGAGCCUUGUGGCUGAAAGAUCGGGUCUUUUAGAACCUCUGAGAGAAUUCGUCAAAGUUUACAGGAAACCUGUUUGGGGAACCUGUGCUGGCAUGAUCCUCCUUGCUGAAGAGGCAAACAGGACUAAGAAGGGCGGGCAAGAAUUGAUUGGUGGCCUCGAUGUCCGCGUGAAGAGAAACCAUUUUGGUAGUCAGACAGAAUCAUUUAGUACUCCACUUUCUCUCCCUUUCCUGGGCGACCCCACGCCGUUUUAUGGCUAUUUCAUCCGGGCUCCUAUCGUCGAGCACAUCCUCCCGCCAACUACCCCUGCAAGUUCCCUUGAAAACAAUACAGCUGAUACUGUAACCGCACCUUCGAAGAAACCAAUCAAUGAUGUUGCAGCAUCCUUCACUUCGCCAGAUGAAGUUAGGAUUCUUGGGCGUUUAACACCGUCGAAACUCACCACCACAGAAGAAGAUGCGAAACUAGGCAUUACCAGCCCAUCUGAGGGAAGGAUUGUGGCCGUUGAACAGGGCAACUGCUUUGGAACAAGCUUCCAUCCAGAAUUGGGAAGUGACAUUCGCAUCCACAAAUGGUGGUUGGAGAAGGUUGUGGAGAAGGUGGAGACGAAGAGGAGAUUAGAGGCAGAGUCUUAG